GAAAUACAAUAUCCCAAUUGACCCUAUUAAAAAAAAUAAAAGAUCAUGUAGAAGCAUAUAAACGCGAUCUUUUAAACCAAAGACUCAGUAUAAUUCAAACACUUUUGGUGAUAUUAUUUCGGGUUUUAAUUAAUUGUUAAAAAUGACCGCAUUCAAUCGUGUUAAUCUGAUAUGUUUCCUUAUAAAAGUGGUUUAUUUAAUUAUAGUGUUUGGUGAUGAGAAUUUCGAUCAAUAUCGAAUAGUUUAUCCAAAAAUUUUUGAGAAAAUUAAAAAAUUUAAGCAGGAUGUAUCAUCCAGUUUUUAUUACGAAGAAAAUAAAACAAUAAAGGUUGUUAGAAUUGAGGAAUUAAUUUUAAAUUUGGAUUCGCCCGGUUUAAAUUUUGCCCCAAAUUUUUUUCAACACAACACAUCGCCCUGUAAUUAUUUUAAAGGAUCGAUUUCCGGCUUCGAAUCAAUUUCGAUUGUUGCACUAUCAAUUUGUGGCCAGUUUUUAACGGGAUUUAUUAAAAAAGGAAGUGAAAUGUACUUUUUAGAACCCUCGAAAGAUAAUGAAGGUGCUCAUUAUUUUUAUGAUGCUUUCAAAAAACGCCCAAAAAGAUCUUUAUUUUUAAAUAAGUCCAAAAAAUGGGAAUACUUCAAUUUAACUGGUGAUGUUAUUGAUAUUGAUAUCGAUAUCGACGACAGCCAUACUCAAGAUAAUAAUCACGAUUUGUUGUUCACCGAUUUUAACAACAAUGUUACUUUGAUUAAAUUGGAUACGAAAUUAUCUAAUAAUGACGAUGAAUUGGGGUAUUUCGUUGAUGCCGCUUGGGAAACGCGAAUAAUAACAAGAAACAACCUCAACAUCAACACAACAUCAUCCCCAAUUUGGUUAGAAGUGGCAAUAGCGGUAGAUCACACCGUUAUCGAUUUUCACGGAAAAGAUCGCGUCCAACAGUACGUUUUAUCCCUAAUGAACAUUGUUAACGCAAUUUAUCAAGACCCCACGUUAAACGCGAACAUUCAGCUGGUGAUAACAAAGUUGUUUUUAUUCGAAGAAAAGAAAACCGCCAUCAUCCGACUUGGAGACGCUGUUAAAUCAUUGCAAAAUGUCAACGCUUGGAAUCGUAAACUACACGGUACUUUAAAACCAGAAGAUCCACGACAUGAUGUCGCCGUUUGGUUAACGAGGGCGAAUAUUGGAGGUCCUUCCGGUUACGCACCCGUUUCCGGUGCUUGUGAUCCAAAACGGAGUUGUACUUUAAAUAGAGAUGAAGGGUUAACGAGUGCUUUUAUUAUUGCGCACGAAGUUGCUCACAUUCUUGGGUUAUCUCAUGAUGGAGCCCAAAAAGAUGGAAACACUUGCGGGGAUGACUCUUAUUACGGAAGCAUAAUGGCACCGAUGGUUUCCUCUACCUUUCAUAAAUUUAUGUGGUCGGAAUGUUCAAAAAAAGAAUUCCACGAGAAAAUUAAAUCGUUUCAAUGUUUAAUGAACAAACCAAUCUCGACGGGAAACGAAAUCCCGCUUAAUGGAAGCUUGCAAUUCGCUUUUACCAUGGAUGAACAAUGCAGAGUCGAAUUCGGAGACGGGUAUUCUUUGUGUCGUUCUUUUGAUAUAGUUGAAGUUUGUUCGCAUCUUUGGUGUGCUAAAGACGAUUCACCUUCUUCGUGUCGAACGAAAAGGGCCCCACCUUUAGAAGGAACCGAUUGCGGAUUUAAUAAGUGGUGCAUUAAUGGUUACUGCGAAACGAUCGAUUUAAAACGAUUCGGCCGAAACCCUUUACAUCAUAACCCCCAGAAUGGACGUUGGAGUUCUUGGUCGUCUUGGGGACCUUGUUCGAGAACUUGCGGAAUAGGAGCUGAGUUUAGAAGCAGAAAAUGUGAUAACCCACCCCCGAUGUACGGCGGAAAUAAUUGUUUUGGUCUCCCUGAAGAAUGGCGUUUAUGCAAUUUGGGACCAUGUUCAGAACCGAUUCAAGAUUUACGAACCCAACAAUGUUCGAAUUUACCGAAAUAUAUGGACUUUGAAGAUGAUCCCAAAAAAAAUUUAACUUGGUUGGCUUUUGAAAGCGAUGAACAUAACUCAAAGUGUAAAUUGAUUUGUAUUAGUAAAGAAACUAGGGAAUUAUUUAUUACUGAAGAGAAUUUAAUUGAUGGAACUUUAUGUUCUUAUGAAAGUAGCACGGAAAUUUGUAUCCAAGGAAUUUGUCAUCAUGUUGGUUGCGAUGGGAAAUUAUUUUCAAAUUUAAGACCAGAUUCUUGCGGAAUAUGCGGCGGGAACAACACUGAGUGUAAAAAUAUUAAACACAUUAAUAGGAAAAGAUUAAGAAGAGAACUUCAAAGAAUGGUGAUUAUCCCACGAAUGGCGCGCAAUUUAAAAUUGGAAGCAAACAUAACCACAACGGAUUUUAUUAAUCCCAAUGUCGCUUUUAUGUUAAAAGAUCGUACUAAACAAAGUUAUUCAGUUACAAUUCCAAAUACCGGACUUUAUCAUGGUGAAAUCGUAGCCGGAACAAAGUUUCAUUACAAAAAGUAUUCAAAUAGACAUUUUAUUUCUGCAAAUGGGCCGUUAUUGUCAGAAAUUGUAAUUUAUAUUUUUUCCCCAAAAUCAUUAAUCGAUCGUGGAAUUAAAUUGCAUUUAAAAGUCGACUACUUUAUCCAUAAAGAUUAUUUAAACAAACCAUCUCGUUACGUGUGGAUUUUAGGAGGAUGGGGAUCUUGUAGUAAAUCUUGCGGCGGCGGUUUUAGGCAAAAAACGACCGCUUGUUUCGAUGGGCAAAACGGAAAAAUCGUACCUAGAAAAGAAUGUUCGUUAUUAACAAAACCGCAUUUACCAAUAGAAAAAUGCAACAAUUACAGUUGUAAUUUUCAUUGGAUAACUAGUGAAUGGGAAUCUUGUUCAAAAACGUGCGGCUCUCACGGAAUUCAACAUCGAGAGCUUUAUUGUCUACCUCAAAAUGUAAUGAACGAAACAAAAUCGUUAAAUUCAAUAGAUUUUCCUUGGAAAUUUAUGGUGAGUCCGAAUAAAUGCGGUGAAAAUCCACCUCCAUCAAUAAGACAUUGCAAUAGAAUCCCAUGCCUAUCGUUUUGGGAAUUUGGAAAUUGGUCUGAGUGCUCUACUUCAUGUGGAUCUGGAGUUUCAAUUCGUCAAUCUCAUUGUCCUCCACCGGAUGGUGAACUUUUUUAUACUUGUGGUCCUUCCCCGCCACAAGAAAAACGAAUUUGCCAUAAUAAUAAUCGAGCUGAUCCAAUCUGCAAAUCGAGUAGAAAGAGAUUUUUAUGCAAAGCGGAUCAAUCGAUAUAUUGUGAAUUAGCACAACUUCAUAAAUAUUGUAAUUUAGGAUUUUUUAGGAAAUAUUGUUGUAAAUCUUGCAUGAAACAUAAAUUAUUAAGAAUUUCAUCGUAAUUUGAUUGAUCUAGAUGAGAUUUUUACGUACUUGGUUGCAUAAUAUUAAGUUUAGAUGUCAAUAAAUUUUCUUUUCUUAGAAUUUCUUACUCAAUAACACAAACAUAGCUUAUUACUUAGACGUUUCAAAAUUAAAUGUGAAUUAAAAAAAUAUAUAAUCUUUAAUUUA